UUGAUUUCUGUGUCCAUUCACUGCGCCCGUUCUUGCUCAAGAAGUAAUCUAUUUAUUUUUCUGCGAUCAGAUUCUCGCGUCUAAUCAUUCGCUGUAUGUGCACACCGGGAAAGAGAGCCGUCCACAUUUUGUGUUUCGAAUGUAAACAAGGGUUAAAUCUGCCAUAAUGGCGAGAUGAAAUAUUUACUGAUGUUAUCUUCCUUCUCGUGCCAUCCUUUUGAAGCGUGUAAUUCCAUUUCGAGCAUCUGGAAAUGCGUUCGCACGCCAAAAUCGUUGAAUGGUUUCUUCGCUUCGGACGCCACUGAAUUACACACGCAUUCGCCGGUACUGUAACGUCGCACACAUACACACACACACACACACUCGCUCUUUCCAUCGAUACCCACACACAUCCAACCUCGCAUGAGCGCUCUCCCAUUAAAACGCACACUCCGGGUGACUAGCAGGAGAGAGGGCAUUCUUAUGCAUCGAGGGUGGCGUGCACGUUGAAAUUGGUGAGCCGUAUCCAAGAAAGCACGGAAAGCAUCAUUUUUUGGAUAAUACCAUUUGGAAUAUAUUCAUGAAUACCUCGCAUCCUCUAAGGCCUAUUCGUUUACUCUGAGGAAUAGGUUCAUACAUCACUUACACGGGAAAAUACGCCAACAUGGAUGCGUAUGGAUUCUCUUAUAAGGCUCCGCAAUGGAAGGCAAAAUUAAAAUCAUCUUGUCAAGGUCUCUUCGAUAUAUAUUCUGCCGUGCAGGAUUUCAUCGUCCCGAAGUAUUACUACGACCGCUCGAAUAGGUCCGUACAGAUGCGCCUUUAUACCCUAAGCAAGAGGCAGUUUGUCUUAGUCUUCAUAUGUUUCUUCAUGGCUUUCGGCAUCUCAUUAUUAAUUGGCAUUGCAGGUCCUAAUAUACAAGCCUAUGAACUACAGAAAGAGGUUGAAAAUUUACCGAAUGGUCCUUUUGAGUUGACGUCACCUAUCCUGAACAAGUUCAAUAAAUCUUUAUGGCUUACAACAGCAAUAGAAGUUGACGAUACGUCAGCGGAAACUUUUCAGAAACCAUUCAAUGUAAGCAUCAUGCUCCGAGGCGUAGCCCAGGACAGCAGCCAAGAAAAACUCAAUAGCGCCCCUUACAACAGAACAAGAAAACUCAGCUGUGAAAAGGGCUAUUGCACCGAGCUGCUGCUGCUCCAUUUAACAACCUUGAAAUACUCCACUUACAUCGUCACUGUGACUUUCCAGGGAUUAGAAAAGCUCCAUGUUACUGCAAUCAAUUUCUAUUUUCGAACGUAUAAUCCUGCCUUCUCCAAUAUGAUGAUCUGGUUCAGAUUUGUUUUUCUUGUUAUCACCUUUAUAAUAACAUGUAUGUUUGCACAUUCACUGAGAAAGUUUUCCAUGAGAGACUGGUCGAUAGAACAAAAGUGGCUGUCAGUUUUAUUACCUCUCCUACUCCUGUAUAAUGAUCCCAUCUACCCUCUGACGUUACUGGUGAACAGCUGGAUACCUAUUCUACUUGAUGACAUUUUCCAAGCAACUUUCUUAUGUGCACUUCUCUUAUUUUGGCUGUGUGCUUAUCACGGAAUCAGACAGAGUGAUAGAAAAUGGGUCAAGUUUUACUUGAUCAAGCUACUAAUAGUUGGUGUGCUAUGGGUUUCAACAUUGGUCCUAACGUCAUGGCAGUUAUACUGCAGUCUCUACGACCCAACCUUCAACUACAAAGUCGAUUCAGGGGACUUCAUCGGUAUGGUGAUAUUCUUCCUAGUUGUUGGAGGGUUUUAUGUUCUCUAUCUGCUCUUCCUGGUUAUUAGAGCCUUCACAGAACUACGCUCGCUUCCAUACAUGAAUCUGAGGUUAAAGGUCAUGACGAUGCUUAUGCUAGUGGUAGUUGUAUCAACGAUAACAAUCACCAUCAUGCGAUAUGGAGUCAACAUUCUAAAUGAAAACUUUGUGACGGAGCUCUCGACGUACUACAAAAACUGUGCUGAGUUCCUGGCCUUCUACAGCCUUCUGAACUGCUAUCUCUUCACCAUGGCAUUUGUGUAUUCACCCUCAAAGAAUGCUCAUAAAGACACAUACUUCAAGGAUAAUCCAACAUUCUCCAUGCUAAAUGAAUCUGAGGAUGAGCUUAUCUAUGGGAGUGACAGUGAAGAUGGUGUACACACGUCACUGACGGGAAACAACAGACACAUGGCUAACGAGGAGGAGUGAAAGAGGUUCUUCCCUACCAUGAAGCGAUACCAUCCAAAGAUUUGAUUCGUCCCUUUCAACAAGAUACUAGAUUAGAUGCACAAGUGGUUUGUGAUCUGUCUCCUCACAUGCAAACUUGGCUUAAUUUUCAACAUUUUAUUUUUUUUUUAUCUUAGUGUGUUUUUUCCUUGGUUGGUCAAAAUGUCUUACAAAAACUUGAUAUGUCCCUUUAAACCAGUAGCAUGUAGUCGGCACGUGAUUCAGGUUUUGAUCUGACGUUACGUGUGGAAACUUGCUCAACUUUUCAACGUUCUUUGUUCCAUUUGGUAUUACUUGUGUGUUGAGUUUUGUGUGGGAAGGGGGAGGGCUGAUAGAAGAGUCAUAUAAAAAAAAGUACAUCAUACAGAUUUUGAUGUGGUUUUACUCUCGAAAACUCGAUCAAUUUUCGAAAGUGGUUUGCUAUCUGUCACUUGCAAAUUUGCUUCGUUUUCAUUCUUUCAGGGGGGGGGGGUGAUUUUGCUUUUUUGUUUUGUUUUUUUCCUUCAAAAAAGAUAUACUCCAAAUUUAGCACUUCAUAUGACUCUUAAAAUAAAACGGCAAAUAAGCAUUAGUUGGUCACAAUUUGUCCUAUGGUAUCUGUAAUCUUGCUCCAUGUUUAAAGUUUUGGAAUUCUUUUGUUUUCAAAUUUGUGAUUUUUUGUAUAAUUGUGUAUUAUUUUGAAUGAAAAAAGAUGCCAUCCAGAUGUUUGAUAUGUCCCUUUAAACAAAAACGUAGAUAGCACAACACAGAUAUGAUCUUUUUUAAAUCUUUUUUUACAUACAUGCGGUUUUACUCUGUUUUUAGCUCAUCUUUUUUUUUCAUUUGUGAAUAUUUUUCAAGAGAUGCUUUCCUAGGAUGCGAUACAUUCUUCUAAAAAAAAUGGUAAUUCAUAUUGUAGACACUUUUAAUUUAUUUUCAGUCUAAAAAACUGGCAGCCAAAUAUUUGAUCUACACCCUUUCAAUAGUAGCUACGCAUACUGCAGUUGAUUGAUAAAUCUAGUAAUGAUUAAAAUACCCAAUAGUGUAAUACAAAAAAAUAUAUUUGGGUUGUUAGCUUCCUUGUAUUCUUGAUUGUAUUCAAUAAUUAUUUUCACAAUUUUUUUUUUAUUUAAGAGAUUUGGGUAGGGGGACUAUUCUGCAAACUUACCCUACGUAUUUCAAACAUUGGACCAAAAAUAUUAAAAAAGAGUGGUCCCUUGUAGGAAUACAGGCUGUGACUAUAAUUUAUCGAAAAUUGUGCAUUCAAAGGAAACCAAAACCCAAGAAGAGAAGCUAUCUUAUUGGAAAGAGUAAAAUGGGAGGAAAAAUCUAAAACAAGUUUCAUCAAAAUUGGUAAUGAAAUACAUGUAAGCAAGUUGUCAACGUUUAAAAAGUCUCGUAUUUUUUAUGGGGAUCCUCACAUUGUCAAACGUGCUUCAAAAUGGCUGAUUUUGUGGACAACUCUCAAUUUGUUUUGUCCACAAAUUUUCAGAUUUUCCCCUUUAUUUACAUAUUUCACAUUCUCUCCUGACCUCGACACAUGUGGUGUGAAUUGUAUUUUUCCAUGACGUUUGUUGUGCUCAGGAGGCAAGAUGCAAUUUGAAAGAUGAGGAAAAUCUGAAAAUUUGUUUGUAAGAUUUGUACAUGUGUGCAGUUUUGACAAUUAAAAAAAAACAAGAGCUCAUAGCUAUUGUAAAAUGGCAUUGUUUGACCAUUGUAGGAGCACUGUAUAAGGAGGCUGUGUUAAUUGUACUAGAAAUGCCAAGUUUAAAAAAAAAUGUUAUGCGUGAGAUUUUCAUGACUCGGCGUCUCUGCGCGUGUGCGGCCGGUACUUACACUUGUACGUUUCGAAAAGGUGCGCGCGCGAGAUAUGGGCUUCAUCAUGAUAUCGAUCCAUACUACAAAACAUGCGAUGCGCGCACGCAUCAUCGUAUAACGUACUAGAUGUGCGCUGACUGCACUCUUGAUUCGUCUCACAUACCGGGGUAGAGUUGUCCACAAAAUCAGCCAUUUUGAAGCACGUUUGACAAUGUGAGGAUCCUCACCGAAAUUAAAACAAGACUUUUUAAACGCUGACAACUUGCGUAUUUCAUAAUCGACUUUUAUAAAAACUUGUUUUAAAUUUUUCCUCUCAUUUUACUCUUUCCAAUAAGAUUACUUCUCUUCUUGGGUUUUGGUUUCCUUUAAAUGCACAAUUUUCCUACAGCGUGUGCACAGAGCUGCCAACCAUUACGUUUUUGCCGUAAUUAUUACCAUUUUGGGAACAAAAUUACGACAAUAGGUUUUAUCUCCGUAAAAUACAAUUCUCUAUAGAAGAAAUGCCCGUUUUCGUAAAACUUACACAAUUUGAAGUAAUUUCUAUGAAUGUAGUAGUAUGUUUAGAUACUAAAUGUAAAUGUCAUUUGUGGGUCAAUAUUUCAAAGCACAGUCAUGAGAAUCACUGAACGCAGGUUGUCAUUCCCAAAGGGGUGUGUUCGAAAUUCCCAAUUUGGGGGGAAAUUCCUCUCUUUUUGCCAUUAUGAUCCCUUAUUAUGUAUUUAGUUGCACAAGGUUUGCAGUUUUGUGUUCACGAUGCAGGACUUAUUUUGAUGGGUUUAGGAACGUGAUGUUGCCCUACAUUUGUUAAAGUAGGGCAGCCUAGUGUUGUAGUAAAUAGUCUUCCAUUUGUCAUUGUGUAUAGGGAAGAUGAUGUGUGUUUUACAAUAUUCUUUGUGGUUGCCAAUGCACACUGAAUUAUAUAACAGUUGGGUAGAUAUUGCUGAUUUCUCUUUUUUCGCAUUUUUACUGAUACUUUUAUUCUUAAAUCUCCAAAUGAAAGCUUUUUGUAGUUUCAUAUAUACAUGUAUAUGAAUUUACACAAGCGAAAUUAUUUCAUUUGAGCUCUCUCAGCUUCCUGUUUUAGUAUAUAGUACUGGCUUACAACUUCCAAGAAAAGUUCUGAUCUUAUUAACCCCCUAUUACCUUGCCAAUUAAGUUCCAAAAUAAUUGUUGGAUAUUGAAAUAUACUUGUACUUGCCUUGGUUAAGCCUGUAAAAUAUGGACAGAUUGAAGAAAAAUCUUAUACUAAGGGAUGGUCCAUGGAACAGACAUAAUACUUUGAGAGCCUCACACUUUGAAAUUUACAGAAUUCCAACAGUUCUUGCUGAGUUUAUCAGAUACAUUUGACAUUCAUUCACUGACGCAAUACAUUCCCUGUAGAACUGUUCAGUUUGUUUGAAUACUGGAAGUUUGAGAAUGCGAUGCCUUGGAACUUGCUGAAUUGCGUAUUCCUAUGCUGGAACUGCCUGGAGACAAAAUUCGACUUUCCGUUAAUAGAAUAUUUAGUGAAGACUAUUAUAACUUCCCUGAACUUUGGGGUUUAUGCUUAUGUCAUCAGAUGUAUUCUCAAAUGCCUUUGGGGUUUUUUCUGUACUAAUUCUUCUUUAUAUGUACAUGUAAUGAAGCAUAGAUUCAGUGAUUAAACAUAUAUGUGUUUUUUUUAUAUAGCAGUUAACACAUCAGCAAAGCGUCUCCAAACACUUAGCAAAUUAUUUAUGAAAAUAGAGAUGUCAGUUUGCAUUGAUUUUUUUUCCUUUAUCAGGCAACAAGUGAUUGAGACAUGUAGUAGAGUUUGUAAAAGUUAAAAUAUGUGACCAUUUUUUUUUCAAAAAACAUUGCCACAAAGGAACUUUUCAGUGUGUAGAUUAUUAUGUAUAUAUUUGCUUAAUUAUGAAACAGGCUGUGUUAUUUUUAAGUUAGCGGUAAAUGCAUUAUUUCAGAAAGUUGUGUGUUUGAUACUUAGGGUGUUUUUUCCCCCUCUAGUCAUUAUAAUAUGAAACUUAUGUCGAUUUCUGUCCACCUUUGUACCCUAUUAUGUUUUCCCAGUUUUCAAGAUGGAUCAUAUAAUGUUAUACUGUAUAAGAGAGAAAUCUUUAUAUUUCGCCUACAUUGAUCAUAUUAGUUCAUGUACCAAAAGAGGCGAGUGAUGUAAUGCAUCACAGUAAUGAAACAUAUAGGCCCGUAUUCUGAAGUCAGGUUUAACUUAGAUCAUGGUCUAACUCUGCCAAAAUUAUGGAAAGCCAAAAACGUCAAAACUUUUAAACUUUCCUUAAAUUGUAUCUUUCUUACGUAUACUGUGAUCUUCCUACCUCAUGGAUGGUGAAGAGAGCUACCUUGUUUAUCCAUCCGAAACAGUUAAAAUGAUUUGAGAGAAAAAUUGUAGUUCAUACAGUGAAAUUAUACUGUUUAUACUGAUUUAUGCUACUAUCGGACAUCCAUACUUAAACCACACUUCUAAACAAGAGUUUUAAUUAAACCCGAUUUCAGAAUGCGGGCCAUAGAAUCAAGGUUCGAAGAAGAAGGGCAUUAUAUUAUCAAAGAAUAUUCAUACUUGACAAAAGUGAAAUAUAUUCUCCAACUUUCUUUGGGUUCAUGUUUUCUUAUGACAUACAGUGUACUAUUUUUAUUAGUAGUAGUAGUGGAUAUGUAUAUCCUGUAUUCAUAUACAGGAAAAUUAAUGAUCAGACGUUAAGAACACUCUAACAAAAUACAAAGAUUUUUUUCCUAUAUAUUUUGCUUAGAAUAAAGCCUAGCCCAGCAAGUGUGAAACUUGGAAUGCCUUUACAAGGGGUUGCUUAUAAAGAGGUCCCCCCUCCCUUCAUUAUUAUUCCUACAAGCAUUUAUUUUCUGAUAGAAAUUUUUUUUAGCCCAGCAUGUGAAAUUUUGAACAACCUUUAUGAGGUCAUGUGUCUUGUGGGUUUUUUCACUUUAAUAAACAAUUCAACAUUGUCAGUAGAGUGUAUUAAUUUUGCAAUUAGUUCUAUAGGAUUUCAAUGUCAAUAUUUUUUUAAUUAUAGCUCUUGUAUUUCAUGGGGGGAGGUAGUUCCAAGUUUGAGAGAAAGUAAAUGCAAAUUGUCCUUUGCAUUUUUUUUUCAUUUCUAUGUCUAACUAUAAUUUUACUUUAAUUACCUUAUUUAUUGAUAAACUUUAAAGUUGUUUUUAAGAAGAGAAGCAAUAUAGUGCUAUUUUUUUGUGUUUUUUUUUUUUGGGGGGGGGUUAAGACAUCUUACAUAAUUAUGAAUUUCAGAAUUUGAUGAAAAUACAUGUUUUAAGUUAUUGAUCAGAAUUUUUGUUUUUUGUUAAAAGAAUCUCAAAGAUUUAUUCACAUUCCUCUCUCUCUUUUUUCCUAAUUUUCCAUCAAAUUUACUCCUAUCUAGGGAAUGUCCUUUUAUACCUGAAUUUAUUUAUUCUUCUCAGCACAAAUAAAAGUUGCCUUAAAAAGGGCGAGGGGCAUAAAUCUUCUUUCUUUUUUGAUGCAGUUGAAAAUAUGUUGUAUUCUAUCAGAAUUUCUUCACUCUGUAUUUAUAAACAAGGGUUUUCAAUUAUCAAGUGUGCAAUAUUGGGUCAAUAUGAAAGAGAUACCUUUGCUUUCAUUAACUGCCAAUGAUAAUUUCAAGAAAUCAUCUUUAUGGGAUAUAUGAUUAUAUUAAAAAGUAAUAUAUUAUUGUUAUUAUUGAAUUUGAUUGUUUUACCAGGGGGCUAGCUUUUUUUCCCUGAUUUCUUUCUUUCAUUGUAUUUAACCCCUGCUGGCUUUUCAGUUAGUAUUUGAUUAAAAAUUUGUACAUAUUUACCUGUGCUUGAAGGGAUAUAGCUGCAAUUACGGAAGAUUAAUUAUCUGUAUAUACUUUGAUCUGGAGUUGCAGAGUAUUUUUGGUACCAUUUAGUUGUUCUAAGUUAUAAUGGUUUUCUUUCAUGUAGGUAAAAACUAUUAGGUGUGUGCGAUGUAGUUUAAGAUCAUUCACCAGCCAGAUUUGUUUUGUAUAUUGUUACGUUUUGCUAAAAGUCAAUGACUUACAAAGUAUUAUUGAGCCAUCUGUUUAUGGUUUGCUGACUAUACAUACAGUGCAGGGAUGAAUAGGGACUCGUAAGUACUAGCAUUUUUUAGUAAGAGUUUUGUAGAAAAAAUAUAUAUAUUAAUUCAUAGGGAAAAGGAAAAAAAGUGAUACCUUGUGCUAGUAACCAGCAUAUUUUUAUUUAUUUUUUAUUUGAGUUGAGCAGAUAUUUGGUUGGAAUUGAUAAU